AUGUUGCGGGGAGCAACGGCACAACGCGCCUACGAGGCGGCGAUCGAUGGGCUCAAGGAGAUUGUAGGAUUUUUGUUCGAAGCAUUACCAUGGUGGCAGCAGAAGUGCCUAGCGCAGGAGUCUGAAACAAUUUUAACAUGCACUGUGAAGAAAACCACUACAGAAUGCGUCUGUGUAAAUAAGUCUCAGGAGCUGACGUCAGUCGAGACGGUGACCCUAUCUGAGUCAAUGAAUGGUAUCUCAGUGCGUUGUGCGACCAAUUCGGACUUCGUCCCUUCGGACAAGAACAAGGUCUGUACUGGAAAGGCAGAAGAGGCAUCUCUCACAGCAUGUGAACCCCCCUCAAAGAAGACCACCGGUGGGAGUGCGAUGAUCGCCGAUUUCCUAUCUUCAAGUCCCGCUCUGACGCCCAGUGUGGAAUGGAUUACCAGUGAGGUCGCCAAAUCCUUGACCUUCCCCUCAACAAACUUCCCUGCCACCGACAAGGCAUUCUUGAUAGGCUGCCGACAGAAUAACAAAAGCUACUGCCUGGUGUCUGUGAAUGUGAAAGCAAGAAAGUCUGUGCUUGAAGACAAGGUCCUCAAGUGCGCAUACGGCACAGACAGCAACACGCCUGUACCGGAAGUGACGCUGGAUCCCACCAGCAACUCACUGACAGUCGACUGUGGCGAGGACGGAACAAUGCCCCUUACGGGAGAACUGCCAACUGUCUACUACUGCAAGGACUCCGCCACCGAUGCCUGCGAUCCUGUCAAGGACGUGACGGAAAUCCUGCCGGGCUUCGCCAAGGAGUGGUGGACACCUGUGAAUGGUCUCGAGACCGCAGCCAAACUGACAGUGCCGGAGGGUGGCUUUCCUGUUGAGCCGAAGACAGUUGUGCUGGGAUGCAAUCCCAAGAGAGCAAAAGCCAAGGUAGAUGCCGAGCCGGAGUCCCACGCUGAGGGUGGUCUCCCGACCUGUCGGGUGAAGGUGGCUUUUAAUGCUCAGUCGAGCAGCUCAGGUGUGAGAAUUUCAUUGGGCUUUGCACUGGUUGUCUUGGUGUCACUCAUGUGA